UUUCAGAAGAUUCUGCAGUUUGUGUAAGAAGUGCCAUGUUGUUUGCUGGAAAGCAGCUUGCUUGCUGUUGGCGCCGCUGAGCACGAGCAUCUUUGCUGAGAUGGAUAGGCUGCGCGUGAGGAAGCUGUGGACGUGGGAAAGGCUGCUGAUCGGCCUCGCGCUGUGUGCCUGUGCCGUGGAUUUAGUUCUCGCGCAGAUCCGAUACUCAAUUCCUGAGGAGCUGGAACACGGGGCUUUUGUUGGGAACAUAGCGGAGGAUUUGGGUUUAGACGUCGCCAAACUAUCUGCUCGCAGGUUCAGGAUAGUUUCAGGAGCCAGAAAGCAGUAUUUAGAAGUUAAUUUGGAAAACGGAAUUUUAUUUGUAAACGAGAAGAUUGAUAGGGAGGAAUUGUGCGAGCAGAGUGCGACAUGUUUUUUACAUUUACAAGUCGUCAUUGAAAACCCUUUAGAAUUGUACAGAGUGGAAGUGGAGAUUUUGGAUGUGAACGACAAUUCUCCCGGUUUCCCGUGGAGCGAAUUUAACUUGGAGAUAACGGAGUCUGCGGCACCCGGGUCCCGCUUUCCGCUCGAGAGCGCACAGGAUCAAGACGUGGGUACAAACUCUCUGCGCACGUACUUGCUGAGCGGGAACGAGCACUUCGUCCUCGACAUACAGACGCGAAAUGACGGCAGCAAGUUCGCGGAGCUGGUGCUCCAGACCCCACUAGACAGAGAGCAGCAGAAGACGCACCAAAUGGAGCUGACAGCGGUGGACGGGGGCACGCCGGAGAGGUCCGGGACCGCUCAGAUCACGGUCACUGUAUUGGAUGCAAAUGACAAUGUUCCUGUUUUCGAUCAAUCUGUUUAUCGUGUGAGUUUAGUAGAGAAUGCACCCAGAGGCACCCUCGUGAUCAAACUUAAUGCCUCGGAUUUGGACGAAGGCUUGAACGGGGAAAUCGCGUACUCCUUCAGCGGGCACGCUCCUCUCAAAGUACGGGAGCUCUUCAGCGUGGACUCCUACACUGGCGAAAUCAGAGUUAAAGGCGUCGUGGAUUAUGAAAAAGCCAGCGUCUAUGAAUUAUAUGUGCAAGCCAAGGACAAAGGUCCUUCAGCUGUCGCUGUGCACUGUAAAGUAUUAGUAGAUAUUUUAGAUGUAAAUGACAAUGCGCCGGAGGUGAUCUUAACCUCGGUUUCUACACCCGUUCAAGAAGACGCUCCUCCUGGGACCGUGAUCGCAGUCAUAAGUGUUAUGGACCGGGAUUCCGGUGAAAACGGGAACGUGGACUGCCAAAUUCCCAAUAAUGUACCGUUUCAGCUGCGCUCCUCCUUCAGGAAUUAUUAUACUUUAGUCACAAGCGAAUUUCUAGACAGAGAAACAGUAUCGGAGUAUAACAUUACCCUCACUGCUAGGGACCUCGGUACACCGCCACUGUUCACCAGAAAAACAAUUGCAGUUCAAGUGUCUGAUAUAAACGACAAUGCUCCGCGUUUCAUACAGCCCUCAUACACGGUCUACGUGACUGAAAACAACGCCCCUGGCGCUUCCAUUUGCUCAGUGACUGCCUUCGACCCUGAUUCCAAUCAGAACGCGUAUCUGUCCUACUCGAUCCUGGAAGACCAAAUUCAGGGCAUGCCGGUGUCCACUUAUGUCUCCAUCAACUCAGACAACGGCAACAUCUACGCGCUGCGCUCUUUCGACUACGAGCAACUGAGAAACUUUCAGAUUCGCGUUCGGGCUCAAGACGCUGGCUUCCCGCCGCUAAGCAGCAACGUAACCGUGAACGUCUUUAUUCUGGACCAGAAUGACAACCCGCCAGUUAUCGUCUCUCCUUUACCUAAAAACGGCACCGUGGCGACAGAAAUGGUGCCCAGAUCAGUUGACGCUGGGUACCUCGUCGCGAAAAUCACUGCAGUUGAUGCGGACGCAGGACAAAACUCUCGACUUUCCUACCAGGUUCUCCAGGCAACGGACCCGGGGCUGUUUAGCGUUGCUCUUUAUACCGGAGAAAUCAGGACGAUUCGCCGCUUUGUGGAUAAAGACGCCACGAGGCAAAGACUGGUCAUUUUAGUCAAGGACAACGGUCAGCCGUCGCUCUCAGCCACGGUUUCCAUCAUCCUAUCAGUAGUUGACAGUGUGCCAGAAUCCUUGUCCGAUUUCGGCGACCUUACCCUGAGUCCCCAGUCCCCCUCCAAUCUCCCUCUGUAUUUAAUCGUGUCCCUAAGCGCUAUUUCAUUUAUAUUUCUGGUGGCUAUAAUUGUCCUGGCCGCCAUAAAGUGCUACAAGGACAGAGACUGGAUACGAGCGUACAGCCCCUCCGUCGGCUCCUGCUGCGGCUUUCAGCGCGAGCCGCCCACAGACCUGUUUAAAAAAUCCAACCUAAACCUGCAGAUAUCUUCUGGAACCAAAGUACCCACCAGCUGCGUCGAAGUAAACGGCAACAGCGCCCUUUCACAAGCCUACUGCUACAAAGUGUGUUUAACCCCGGAAUCUGCCAAGAGUGACUUUAUGUUCUUGAAGCCGUGCAGCCCGACGACCCCGAGGAACAACGCAAAAGGAGCAGAUAACCUGUCUUCAGCGUGGAGCGCGCAAAACCGCAGCUCCACGGUGAACAACGGAGCUACAACUCCGAGCGAGCUGAAGCAGCCGAACACGGACUGGCUGCUGUGGAAGACGCAGAACUCCACCCUGAAAAGCUACAGCUCUGUGAACAUGGACGGCACUCUGAUGCGCAAAGCCGUGCAUGCUGACGGGGACGGCUGGUGUGCUGCCACGGGGGGGCAGUACUGGACCUGGGGGACACACAUGCGGGAUUACAGGAUCUCCCCUCCAGCCGCCACUGUCCCCGCUCGCUACACCCCUCAGCACGCGAUGCGCCCUCCCCCUGACUACCAGCACAACGUGUACAUCCCAGGCACCCCGGCCGGCCGAGCCACGCCCCCCUCCCAUGGCACCCUGCGACCAGCGUACCGCAGCGAGCUCGAUGUCAAGAACUCAUUCUCCACCUUCGGGAAGAAGCGGAAAUUCAUAUCCGGCUACGAGCCCAAGGAGGACACAGUGAUAAACAAUGACCUUUUCAACAAGUAAAGCCCCCGAGAGUCUCUCAGCAGCAGAGCGCUUCAGCCACCUUCAGCUGCGUGACCUCAGGAAGACUGUGGCAGUGACGUCCAAACAGAAGGCACAGAGCGACCAAAACGCCAAACACUCGUGGCGUUGCAUCCCGGAUAUGUGCCCACUCACACAGGCAUAACGUGUCAGAACCUGCCGGUCAGAGACUGUGGCAGCAUUUUAGUAUGGCAUCAUACCUGACUCACAUCACUGUAAACACACUGCAGACACUAUACGCUGUAUUUCUGAUGAGGU